AUGGCGGCAAGAUUUCCUGAAGGAAACCAAGUUCAGCUCCGACCUCAAAAAGGUCAUGACAUGACAUGGUCAUGUGACAAGCACGGUGAGCCAAUCGCAUUUUACUGCAAGAAACACGGAUUAUUCGUAUGUGAUCGUUGCGCCAUCAAAGAACAUUGCCAAAAACCAUGUGAGCUAGACGAUAUCGAGGAUGUCAUCUUUGAGAGGAAAAAAAAAGUGGAUGAGAAACAGCCAGAAAUACAGGAACUUCAGAAACAAAUGAAAGCCCUAGAUUUGAAAAUAAAGACAGCUUUAGCUUUCAGUGAUACUAAUCUACAGACAGUAAACAACAACAUUCAAGCAUCGUAUCACAACAAGAUCAAACCCGUUAAGGAAAAGGAGGACAGAAUGAUUAGGGUUAUUAACGAGGAGGCAGAAGAAGAAAUAAGACUUGUAAAUGAGAAGAGAGAAAAACGGAUCAAGGACUGCCACAUCGAGAGAGAAAAGGAGCGAAAAAUCAUUAGAGAUGAAGAGGAAAAACUUCUAUCAGAUGCAAAGAAAAUCACCGAAAUCGUUUUUAAGAAGAUCAAAGAUCUAACUAAUAAGAGUCAGCAUGUCAUAAACACUAUCAAGAACAUUGAAUGUACCAUCACACGUAUAAACCAACGUGAUGAAACACUGGUGAAUGAAGCUCCUCAAGUACUUGCAUCUAUUGAUGAAAAUUUAAGUUUGAAUGUUCAUCAAGAUGUUAGCGAUUGUCUUCACCGAAUAGAGAAUGCAAUCCAGGGAGUGAAGUUUGUAGAGGGGAAAGUAGGUGGAGAAUACUAUGAUAGAAUUGAUGGGAAUAAAUGGGAACUUGUCAAGUCAAUCCACAUUCCAUCUCGUGUAAAUAAGCCGUGGGUGCGUGGUCUGGUCAGUGAGGAUGAGAUCUGUGUGCAAGACGGAGAUAACAAUAACACAUAUGUUACAAACAUCAACACUAAACACACAGAGAAAGUCAUUGAUGAAGGCGUGUUGAUUACAUCAUGUGUGCCCAUGGACAGUAACGUAAUAGUAUGUGGUAAGAGGAGAGAUGAUUGUACGGGUGACAGGUUGAAUGGAUGCAUCACUCUCUAUGACAGACAAAGGAAGGUGUUUAGAGACAUCAGCAUACCAAGGAAUGGGUACACUAGUGUGCAUGUUGAUGUUGACAGGGAUGGGAUGAUCAUCGCUUCUCAGUCAAAUCAGUCUAAUAUCUACAUCAUCAAUCCUGCUGACGAUAAGAUAGUAAACGCUAUUACAAUGCAGGGUAAGAAGGUGAGGGGUGUGAUACAAGCCUUGUCAUCAGGUGAUAUCGUUGUGAAGACAGGUUAUGAUAAAUACACUGUCAUCUCACGAUCAGGAGAAGAGAAGGCGGUCAUAUACAGUGAUGAGUGGGGCUGGUGGUCAGAGUGUCGCGUUGACAAACUGACAGACAUACUCUACAUCGUGCACUUGGAUAGAGCGAAUAAUACAUGUACCAUCGCAGUUGAUCAGGUGUCACAAGAUGGUAUUAUCCAAGCAAGGAUUGUGGAAUACGUGCAAUCAGAUCGCUCUCGUGUCCUCAGCCCUUGUUUCAUUACUCCUUCUGGUAACCUUGUAGGAUUUGAUGGAAACAAACUUCAUCUUUACAAGAAGACAUUCGUCCUGUAAAAUCAUCAAGAAU